AAUACUUGGUCGAGAAAAUGUCAAAAUUCCGAAAUACCGGCUUGCAGCUGAGAUUAGCAGAAUCAUUGCUGGCUUGUAUAAAGAAAUGUCUUGUUAAAUUGAAUUGUUUAUAAACAAACACAUGUCAGGAAAUCAGAAAAUAGUGCAGUGCUAAUCGAACAUUAAUCGUGGUAUUCUCACAUGCCAUUAAAGUCUCUUUUGAAUUUAAACAAAACGGUCACACAACCAUUAUCUUUCUCUUUGUUUGAAUUUGGAAUUGUUUUACGCAGAACAACGUGGAGAGCAACGGACAUCUUCAAGAUGGCAGUUGAACUUAAGUUCAAUCCUUCCCUUACUCCGAGCGACCCUCAUUACAAACCAGUAUUAAUUAUUGGUCAGCUAAAACAUUUAAAUCUUUUGAAAUUCUCCAACAUUUCUUGUAAAUUGGGGCCGCGCGUGUCUGAGGAUACUUUUAUAAAAGCAGUAUCUUGCUUGCAUCCCUCGCCCACCGAUAAGAUAUCCUUGUACUUGGACGUAGCUUCUAUUGCAGCCGUACCACUGAAGUGUUCGCGUCACAACACACCAUCUCGCGCCCAUGCCAUAACGCGUUUAGUUAAAAAUGGUGUUCUGAACGUUAGUGAGGAAAGUAUUGUUGUCGUUUGCGAACGAGAAGAUCUCUUUGCCAGUGCGUGCGCUGUGUCACGUGCGUUUUCUUUAUACUCUCGUAAGACUACGAACAAUGUCGGUAGCCCUUCUUUUAGUCGAAUAAGCGAACAAGAUGUGCCCAAGAAGAAUGUUACCGAGACUUCAGUUGUUAGCGUAGAAUUUAUCAUAAUCGAGAAUGAUGGCUCCGUAUGCGAAACACCAUUGGACGCUUCUGAAAUUGGUUGCUUGGAGGUAGCAGCGAAGGGGGUGCAGCUGGCAGCUCGCAUUGUGGACACUCCCUGUAAUGAAAUGAACGUUAGCCAUUUCAUCGAGGAAGCUGAGAAGAUUGGUGCUGAGCUGAAUAUCAAACCCAUUGUAAUACGUGGUGAAGAGUUGCAUGAACGAGGUUUCGGAGGAAUUUAUGGCGUUGGAAAAGCUGCUGCCGUUCCACCCGCACUAGUGGUGAUGUCACAUGAACCAAAGGGCGCUCAAGAAACUAUUGCUUUGGUGGGUAAGGGAAUUGUUUACGAUACUGGUGGCCUCAGCAUUAAGGGUAAGACUGCUAUGCCUGGUAUGAAGCGGGACUGUGGUGGAGCUGCUGCAAUUUUGGGUGCAUUUUACGCAGCUGUGAAGUGCGGAUUUAAGGAAAACUUACAUGCUGUUUUUUGUAUGGCCGAAAAUUCAGUUGGGCCAAACGCAACAAGACCUGAUGAUAUCCACACUUUGUAUUCCGGACGUACGGUUGAAAUUAAUAAUACGGAUGCUGAGGGGCGCCUAGUAUUGUCUGAUGGUGUUGCAUAUGCCAACAAGGAUCUGAAAGCUAACAUCAUACUAGAUAUGGCAACUCUUACGGGAGCCCAGGGUAUUGCUACGGGAAAAUACCACGGAGCCAUACUGACAAAUUCCGAGGAAUGGGAAGUUAAGUCCCUUGAAGCUGGACGCAAAUCUGGAGAUUUAUUGGCUCCCAUAAUUUAUUGCCCAGAAUUGCAUUUCUCCGAAUUUGCAUCAGCCAUUGCCGAUAUGAAGAACUCUGUGGCGGAUCGCAGCAACGCUCAAUCUUCUUGCGCUGGUUUAUUCGUUGGUGCUAAUUUAGGGUUUGAUUAUCCCGGCAUUUGGAUGCACGUUGAUAUGGCGACUCCUGUCCAUUGUGGCGAACGUGCAACUGGUUACGGGGUUGCAUUGCUGCUCACCUUGUUUGGUAACUAUACCAACUGCAAGUUGUUGAACUCUAUUGCAUGGAAUGAUUUUGAGCCCCCAUCGAAGCGUAUCUGCCGCGAUUGAAUUGAUUAAAAAUGGUAUUAAAAGCGACACUGCCAUCUCUCAAGAUAAUCGUCUCAAAGUAGUGCAAGUUUACUACGGCCUCUUAAAACCGCAUAUACAUAUAUUCUUUUAUUUUAAUCCCAUACAUUUUUUAUUUUGUUUUCUCUACUAUAAAUUAAUUUCAAAUUUUUGGUUGUCUUUAUUGAUGCGACAAACAUGGUGGUUGAAUUUUCAAACGAUAUAUGAAUUAAUAAAUAACUAUCUAUACUUCAAAA